AUGCCAAACACCACCUACUGCAAAGAAUGGGUCACCACCGAAGAGGCGUUACCGCUGCCUUCACAGCCGUUUCUCACAGCAUACAUGAGCGUGCUUGCUCUGGCAGCACUGGUCUUUGGCAUCACGAUCCGUAGCCUACGGCCUCAGGCCGUGCGGCGCCUUCUGGCCGAUGCUGGAGUGGCGAUGCACAAGGUGAAAAAGACUGCAACGGAGAUCGAGCGCAAGAUCUUCCACCUCUGCGGUUUGCUGGUUCCCCUGGCCUACCAGCUCUUGCUCACUCACGGCGUGUCCAGAAGUUUCUGCGUGCAGCUCUGCUGGCUGAUCACGGUGCUCGGGGUCAGUGCGGACUGGCUGCGCGUACACGUCCCCUUCGUCCGGGAUAAUUGGCCCCUGAAGUCCAUCCUUCGAGAGAAGGAGGCGGACCGGCUCUGUGGAGGGAGCUAUUUCUCCCUGGGUUGCACGCUGGCCAUCCAGAUGUUUGCGCCCGUGAUAGCAAUGACGUCCAUUCUCUUUCUCGUAAUGGGAGACAUGGCAGCAGCCCUCAUCGGCCGAUCCUUUGGCCAGAGCAUCUGCAGCAUAGGCAUUGGGCCUGGCGGCAAAAAAUCCGUGGAAGGGAGCACGGCUAUGUUCAUGACCUGCUUCGUCUUCGGAUGCACGCUUUUCAGCCCCGUGCACUUACGGGAAUAUGCCGUGGCGAUUGGCUCGCUGGUGGCCACUCUCACUGAGCUUUACGAGCCUUUGGGGAUCAACGACAACGUGACCAUUCCACUUCUAAGUGGGGUAGCGCUGACCUUCGGUUUCGCACGGACAUACUCCUGCGAGCCAGCGCGAAGCCCUUUGCUGUGGUAUUUGAGACUAAUUCAGGAUCCUCGGAUGUUCGCAGUUCUUUUCCUUGAUCUGCCGCGAGAGCCAGUGACGGAUCCUGCAGCCAUCUCGAAGCGCUCAGUGCAGUUCUCGGAAUGGGAGAAGGGGCGCGCCUUUCGAUUUCCGCUAGAUCGUUUCCCAGAGUGCUUCCACCGUGCUGACCUGAGACUUUGCUGGGCUUUGCUCGUGUUGGGCUCGGACUUGGACAGGUUGCCUGAGGAGCCGAAGUCCUGGGCCGAGGCACAGCGGGAGCGAGGCUUGCGGCGUGAUGGCCGGGCAGGCGUGGAAGGCGAAGAUGCGGAGAACCAGCCACCGCGGAUGAAUGUCGGGGAGAGUGCCAUCGAGAAGGCUUUGGAGGAUGUGCAGACGGCUUUGAAGGCCACGGAGAGCUUGCGCCUUGGCGGACUCCGCACACACCGCGGACUCCGUGGAGCUGUGAGCCACCGACCGCUUCUUACGGACCGGAGUGGCAGUGAGACAUGCUGCCACGACGACGGAGCAGAGCCUCAGGAUGCAAGAAGCUGGCUACGCCAGCCUAAGUUUGUUAGCCGCGACCGCGACCCAGGAAGGCGCCGAGCCAGCACCGGCUCUGUGCCGCAGGUUCUUGGCACCACGCAUGGUGCCUCGGAGGCCUUGGCGCGGGCGCGGCGGUUGCAGAAGGAGACGGGGAGUGGAGCCAUGGACGAAGGGGAGCGGCGAGCCUUCUAG